AUGGCGCCUCAGGGACACACAGCCACAAGUGAGACUGUGGAUCAUUUGCGAGUCUUAUGUCUCGUAGAUUUCGUACACGAUGUAACUGCAGAUGCGAAUGCAGACAUGGAUUAG